AUGGGAUUGACGUCAUUCGGAGGCACCUCACUGGGUGGAGGUGCUUCACUGGGAGGCGGCUCACUGGGGGGAGGAGCUUCACUGGGCGAGUACACUCCUGUGGGGAGCCCGGCAACCGGCUCCGUCGGCGGCGGCUUGACCUCCGUCGGAAGCGCCAUGACUUCUGUCGGUGGCGCGAUGAUCUCGAUAGGCGGUGCCUUGAACGGUCAUAGCGGGAUGGCUACUGGUGCCCGGACCGCCACCGGUAGGGCCACCACGGGUAUGACCACUACUGGCGGUCUGACUACGACUACGACCACUACUGGCAGCGUGACCGGCCGCACUGCGACUGGUCGGACUACGAUGACGAGUGGUCACAGCGCCCUUUCUGGAGCUGGUGCUUUCGGGGGGUCGGACGCGCGAGUGGAACAGGGUCGUGUGGGUCUGUGGCAUACGGCGCCGUUGCGGCAGACAUCGGUACGUGACUUGAUCAACAAGUUCGAAGAAAAAGGUGUCCUGGUUCCGCAGCAGUCGUUCGGGCCGCCAACAAUAACCUCGAAUGCACAGGAGAGGCUGCGUGUCAAUCUGUGCCGCGACCACACCACUAAUCCCAAAGGCUCCAUCUCAAUUGCGCUCGACCCCGACGCCACCGUGGACCUGCGCACCAUUAACGUGAACGGGGAACAUUUGAUGUUCUUUCAGUCAGGUUCCUCCAACGUUGGCUAUCGUAUCCGAAUCCAUCCCAUCGGAUUCAACAAACCUGGCUCCGCCGGCGCAGAUCUCGCUUCCGAAGACGACACAGCCAAGUCCGAAGCGUCUACUACCCCCUCUGAUAUCUCCGCCGACGCCCACUUCCUCGAAGACUAA